AUAGAAACGCUCACAUGAUGGAGACUGGAUGCGCCAUUUUACCGCGUCCAUAAUCAUCCGGCAAGAUGGUCCCUUUGCUUUGUCUCUCCUGACCGGAGUUAUUUCGGUUUUUAUCUUUAAUUUUUGCCUCCGCACCAUCGAAUAUUUUGCGUUUUGGAAUAAAGGGAGUUUGCUAAAGCUUAAACCAAACCACUCUGGUUUUGUCAGGAAAUGACGACGCUGAAAAGCCGGUAAAAUGAGUCUAGCUUCUUCUGAAUCGCAAGUAGACCAAAUGGGGGAGAAAGGAGAUGAGCAGCCUGGAAGCUCAACAGAAAGCAUGAAACCUUCAUCUUCUCGCAACAAGAGAAAGCCCAUUGCUGUAACCAGGCACAAAGCACUGAAUGAAUCUGAUGCUUCUGAUGAAAGUGAUCAUGAACCAGCCACUUCUGACAGUAACACUGGCAGUGGGUCAAAAGGUACUUUAGUGAUGAGACCAAGUGGGAAUGAAAAUAAAGGUGCCAUGAAGGUCAGAGUGGAUUUCAAACCCAAAAAAACAGAUGAUACCCUGCAGAAGAAGGUUAGCUGCACCGCUUGUGGAAAACAAGUUAACCAGUUCCAGCCUAACUCUGUGUUUGAGCAUCCUGUCCUCAAAGUUCUGAUCUGCAAGCCAUGCUUCAAGUUCUACUCAAGUGAUGACAUCAACAGAGACUCCGAUGGGAUGGAUGAACAAUGCAGGUGGUGUGCUGAAGGAGGAAAUCUCAUCUGCUGUGAUUAUUGCAGCAACGCCUUCUGCAAGAAGUGCAUUCUCCGUAACCUGGGCAGGAAGGAGCUGUCGAGCAUCACUGAUGAGGACUCAAAGUGGCAUUGCUACGUGUGCCAGUCGGAGCCCCUCCUGGAUCUGGUCUCCAAAUGCCACCACAUAAUACAGAAACAUGGAAGUGAUGAACGUAAACCAAAAAAAAAAGAAAAAACAGAGCAGCGUGAGGCAAAACGGGACAAGAGGAAAUCGCCUAAAGAGCACAAAGCAGUUGCUAAUGGAAAAGAACACACCGAAGGCUCAGGGACCAUGACUUUCUCUUAUAAAAACCUGCAGGUACCCAAAGAGCUCAUAAAGAAAGCAAAGAAGCUUGUUGAAACCACAACCGGUCUGAAUCAUACCUUCAUCCAGUUCAUCCAGCAGGCGACUGAUGAUCAGGCAGACAAGUCCAUCAGGUAUCGGCAUUUGAAAGCCUUCAAGGCAGUGCUGUCUGAUUUGAAAAAGGCCCACGGUGCUUUGGAGGAAGCUUUAAAGCCAGAAUUCAGGAGCAUGGAGUUACAGAAUGGCAAUGAGGAUCAUACUGUGACAAAGAUUCUGAAUAGUGCUGAGCCUGCCGAAAAUGAUCUCAUGGAUGGUGUUGGAGAUUCAGAGCACGAGGCUUAUGCUGUUAAAGAGGACAAGAAGCAAAAUAUUGUAGCAGAUUCAAUUUGUGAUGGAGAUUCGUCAGAAGAGAUGAAGGAGUCACCUGAUGACAUGGACUUGGCUUCCCCAGAAGAAACAUCUGAAGAAAUGGGAGAACAGCUUGAUGAAACAGAGUUGGUUCCCAAAAAAGAAACGACCGAAGCGAUGAGCAAACAGACAUCUAAUCACACAGGUUUAGUUCGUAAAAGAGGGAAAACAGAAAAGGUUGGCAAGGAGUCGCUCCGUGAAACAGUUUGCAAAGAAGAAACGACUAAAGAGAAGGUCAAAGGGCAGUCUGGUGAAACAGAUUUUAUCUGUAAAGCUGAGACAAUGGAGGAGACGGACAAUGAUCAGCCUGAUGAAACAGGUUUGUUUUGCAAGACAGAAGCAGUGGACGACAUGGACAAGGCAGACCAGCAGGGCAUGAGCAGUGAAGUGUCUGGCAACAUUGAAAUGCAUGAUCACGAAACAGAAACCGAUGAAAUCACAAAGGUUAUUAAAACUGAGGUCUGUAAUGAUGAGCUCAUGCCAGCGGAUGAAAUGUCCUUAGAUCAGGACAUCAUGUCAGUGCCUCCUUCGGUUCCUGAGGAGCUUUUUCAGAUGGUGGAGAGCCUUGCAGAUUCGUCCAUGCUCUCGCUCAAUGACAGCAAUACAGUCAAAGAUGUGGAUUCAAUGUCAAAUGACAACACGGAGUCCCAGAACCCACAGCCCAAAGUAAAAAAUCUGAUAGUCAAACUGACUCCAGUACCAGUCGUAACAAGCCGUGAUUCUAGGUCUUCAAGGUCCAAAACUAGAGAUAAAGUUGCAAAGCUGCCAAUCAAGAGUGAGGAAGAUGGUGGGGACAAGAAAAGCUCUGGUUCUGCAGAUGGGACUAGCAGCCCACCACCCACCCGUCACUCUGCAAGAGUAAAAACCACCCCCUUAAGGAAACAGUCAGAGAAACGGAACAAGAAAGAGUCCUCUGAGUCAGAAUCAGAAGAAGACAAGAAGAACAAGGCCAAAUCAUCAAAGAAAUCCAGCAGUGCCAAAAAGGGUGGCAAAAAGACCAAGAAUCCAGAAGAGGUGGGAGAAGACUCGGACUCAGAUGAAGUUCCUCACGCACUCUUGGAGAAAGCUGCAAAAUGCGACAGCUCAGAGGAGGAACAGGAAGACACAAAAACCAAAAUGUGUGUAUUCAAAUCAGAGUCAUCCACAAAGGAUACAGAAAAAUCAUCCAAACGCAAAAGGAAGUCUGAUGGCUCUGAAUCAGAUGCAGAGGACAAAAAUAAAAAGGUUCCUAAAAAGAAGAAACAAGAGAGUUUAGAUGCUUCUGGUUCUGACUCUGACCAGGAGGACACAAAGAGCAAAGUAGCAAAGAGGAGAUCUAACCGCGUAAAGAAACAAGGAAACACAAAGGAGGAAGAAAAGACAUCUGAGAAAAAGGCAGCGAAUAGAAAGCGCUCUUAUGAAAAGAAACGCAAAGAAAAAGGAAGCAAAGCAGCCUCCAAGCUGCAGACCUCCUCCAGUGAGGUUGAUGAGGAGGAAGAGGAUCAGGCUGACGGAAACUCUGGAGAAGACAGCGAUGAACAGAAGAUCAAACCCAUUGUAGAGGAUAGUGUAGUAGGAGGAAGUAGAGCCUUCCAUCAGUCCUCAGGAGAUGAAGCAGACGCUAAAGAGGAUAACGGUCAGAUUUGUGAAGAUGACGAUGAUGAUCCCGAGAACAGGAUUGCUAAGAAAAUGCUUCUCGCCCAAAUCAAAUCCAACUACUCUUCAGGAGCCGAGAGCUCCUCUGACGAUGAUCAAGGGAAAGGGGAGAAAUCCUCCAAGAAAGCUCUAGAGAAUGAUGAUGAUGAGGAGGAGGAAGAGGAGGACCAAGACGAAGAAGUUACAGAAGACUCCGGUUCUGAAGUUGAAGUGAAGAAGAGUGGUAGACGACACAAACUGCUCCGUCAUAAACUGUCCCUGAGCGAAGGUGAAUCAGGGGAGGACAACGCGUCUGAUGAAGGGAAAAAGAACAAGAAAGGAAAGAAAAAGUUUGGGCUGAAAGGGAGUGACGACUCUUCAGACUCGGACUUUGAAAAGUCAGAGGGUGACUCGGACUCGGACAAGAGCAACGCACUGAGCGAGGAGCUGAGUGAGUCCGACAAUGACGGCAAGCGUCGAAAGACCAGAGCUGCAAAGAAGAAGGAAGGGGAGAAGCUGAGAAGUUACAAGCAGCAGAAAAAGAAGCGUCGCAGGAUUAAAGUUCAGGACUCCUCCUCCAGCAAUGAGAAGAGUGGAGAGGAAGACGGUGAUGAUGACGAUCAGGACGGAGAGGAGCGCAAGGGUCGAAAAAAGAUUCGUAAAAUUCUGAAGGACGACAAGCUGCGGACGGAGACCAGAGAUGCUUUGAAGGAAGAGGAGGAGAGGAGGAAGCGCAUCGCUGAUAGGGAGGCGCUCAGGCAGAAACUCAGAGAGGUGAUUGUCCUGGAAGAAGCAUCUCAGGUGACCUGUCCCAUCACCACCAAGCUGGUCCUGGAUGAAGAUGAAGAGACCAAAGAGCCUCUGGUUCAGCUGCACAGGAACAUGGUCACAAAGCUCAAGCCUCACCAGGUUGAUGGGGUCCAGUUCAUGUGGGACUGCUGCUGUGAGUCGGUGAAAAAGAUCAAGAAGUAUCCAGGCUCUGGCUGCAUCCUGGCCCACUGCAUGGGUCUGGGAAAGACUCUGCAGGUGGUGGCGUUCCUCCACACGCUGCUGCUUUGUGAGAAGCUCGACUUCUCCACGGCUCUGGUGGUUUGUCCCCUCAACACCGUCCUGAACUGGCUCAAUGAGUUUGAGAAGUGGCAGGUUGGAUUAAAGGAUGAGGAGAGUUUAGAGGUGACAGAGUUGGCCACAGUCAAGAGGCCACAGGAGCGAGCAUAUGCCCUGCAGAGCUGGCAGGAGUCUGGUGGCGUGAUGAUCAUGGGUUACGAGAUGUACCGAAAUCUAACACAGGGUCGUAACAUCAAGAGCAAGAAGCUCAAAGAGACAUUUCAGAAAACUCUUGUGGAUCCAGGUCCAGACUUGGUGAUUUGUGAUGAAGGUCACAUUCUGAAGAACGAGGCUUCGGCUGUUUCCAAAGCGAUGAACUCCAUCAGGACGAGGAGGAGGAUUGUUCUAACUGGAACGCCUCUACAGAACAACCUCAUUGAAUACCACUGCAUGGUGAACUUCAUUAAAGAAAACCUUCUCGGGUCAGUUAAGGAAUUCAGGAACCGCUUCAUCAACCCCAUUCAGAACGGUCAGUGUGCCGACUCCACUCAACAGGAUGUUCGGAUCAUGAAGAAGAGAGCUCACAUUCUCUACGAGAUGCUGGCUGGCUGUGUCCAGAGAAAGGACUACACAGCACUCACCAAGUUCCUGCCUCCCAAACACGAGUAUGUGUUGUCGGUCAGAAUGACUCCUCUCCAGUGUAAGCUCUACAGACACUACCUGGAGCACUUUACAGGUGUGGGGAAUGCUUUGGAAGGGGGCCGCGGCCGUGCAGGAACAAAACUCUUCCAGGAUUUCCAGAUGCUGAGCAGAAUCUGGACCCAUCCUUGGUGCCUUCACCUGGACUACAUCAGUAAAGAAAACCGAGGCUUCUUUGACGAAGAGAGCAUGGAUGAAUUCAUCGCAUCAGAAACAGAUGAAUCCUCCAUGAGUUUGACCUCCGAUGAUGAGAAGACAAAAAAGAAAAAGAAACAAGGAAAAGGGAAAAAGAGAGGUUCUGAUGACUCUGACAGUGAUGAGGUGGAGGUCAUCAAGGAGUGGAACUCAAGCUCUCGUGGCAGGAACGGUGAAGGUCGGAACCGAGAAGAGCCUGUUGAGGAUACUCGGCCCUCGAGUCCCUGCUCUGCUGACUGGUACAAGGAGUUUGUCACCGACGCAGAUGCUGAGAUCCUGGAACACUCGGGGAAGAUUAUGCUCCUCUUCGAGAUCCUGCGCAUGGCGGAGGAAGUAGACGAUAAAGUGUUGGUUUUCAGUCAGUCUCUUAUCUCUCUUGACCUUAUUGAGGAUUUCCUUGAGCUGGCUUGCAAAACUGAUGAAGAUGAUGAGAAACCUUCUCCUUAUAAAGGUGAAGGCAAAUGGUUCAGGAACAUUGACUAUUACCGCCUGGAUGGCUCCACCAACGCUCCCACCAGGAAGAAGUGGGCGGAGGACUUUAAUGACACCAGUAACACAAGAGGACGUUUGUUUCUCAUCUCCACUCGAGCUGGUUCACUUGGUAUCAACUUGGUAGCUGCAAACAGGGUCAUCAUCUUCGAUGCCUCCUGGAACCCGUCGUACGACGUCCAGAGUAUCUUCAGAGUUUAUCGCUUCGGCCAGGUCAAACCUGUCUACGUCUACAGGUUCCUCGCCCAGGGUACAAUGGAGGAGAAGAUUUACGAGCGGCAGGUAACCAAGCAGUCUUUGUCAUUCCGAGUCGUGGACCAGCAGCAGAUCGAGAGGCAUUUCACCAUGAACGAGCUGGCUGAGCUCUACACCUUUGACCCGGACACGCUGGAUGAUCCUUCAGAGAAGAAGAGCAAGAAAGCCACUCCUGUGCUUCCCAAGGAUCCCAUCCUAGCUGAGAUGUUGCAGAACAACAAGGACCAGAUCGUGUGUUACCAUGAGCACGACUCUCUGCUGGACCACAAGGAGGAGGAAGCCCUGAGCGAGGAGGAUCGCAAGGCUGCAUGGGCCGAGUACGAAGCAGAGAAGAAGGGUAUGUCCAUGAGGACCAACUACCAGGCAGGUUACAAUCAGCCGGACAUGGGCUCCGCCAACUACUUCUCGUUCAACAUGGCAGCUUUGGCCUCCAUGAGCAACCAGCAGCUGGAGGACCUCAUAAACCAGGGUCGGCAGAAAGUCAUCGAAGCAUCAAAUUCUUUGAAAAGCCUCAGUCGGGAGUCACUGGAAGACGUCAUUGCCAGAGUGUGGAAGGACAGCCCAACUCUCACAGAGAGCCAGGUUCAGGCUAUGGCUCUGAGGCACCAGGCCUCUGUGGAAAUGGAGCUCAAGCGCAGGGAAAACGUCUACAGGGAUGUGCUCACCAGGCAGCAGUCGCUGAUGAUGUUCGUGCAGAAGCUGAUCACCAACAGGAAGGUGCAGGAGCAGCAGCUGGCCAUGGCCAACCAGGCAACUUACCUGAACCAGCUGGCCAUGCAGAACGGCUUGAUGGGAGCUGGUGGGCUCAGCCAAGUGGACCUGCUCGGGCUGUACCAGCGGCUGCACGGCAUGGGCUCCAAUCAAGGCAUGGGCAAGAGCCCCGGCCCCUCAAAGGGCAUGUAGGUCCUCCGCCCUCCUGCAUCACGACACACUGUGAGACUUGGAGCUCCAGACCAGAGCAUGGAGGCGUUCUGCUCUGUUAGGAUAGACUCAGUGUUGUACUCUGUGACCCACCGCCAGACGGUGGAGUAUAAUGUAUAAAUAACUGCGUGAAAGGCUUGUUCUGAAUUCCAACAGAAAAAAAAUGUGUUCCGCCUUAAUGUCGUUCAAGUUCCAUAGCUUCAUUUUUCAUGUAUUUAAAGACAGGUUUUACCCCACCCCCCAAUGCUGGUAAGCAUUGUUUUCUUCUCCCUUCUAAAAGGGGUUCCUGUUAUUUAAACUCAGUUUUUAUACUCUUUUAAAUGCCUCACAGCCCUCCGAAUGGGACCAGAAUCCUUGGUGAUAAAAAUAAAAAGAUCUGAUUAUUAUCCUCACUUGGUUGUGAAUUAUCUAGCAAAGUGUGCAGCUGUUGGUGUUGCAGAGUCCUGCUCAUUUCACAAGCUAGAUGAAACAGAAAACUAAAAGUAAAGAAGGCCUUAUGUUGAUUUCUAUCAAAGGAAAAAAGCAAAAGAAUCUGUAAACACUUGAUUUGUUGUGAAUCUUUUCUAUUAUGCUUGUAAGUGUUUAGUUGUUACUGAACAUAUUGGAUGGUUGUAUUGUUCAGAGCUGCCCGUUGGCUCCUUUGACCCUUUUUUUUUUGUAACAUUCUCAUUGUUACGUGUUGUUUAGCAUAGCACCGUGUGUUUCUGAUCAUCCCACGUUAUUUUCUGCUUUUCCUCCUGUGAGUGGUGAGUGACUGUGUCUCACAGCAGACGGUUCAUCUGGAAGCCACACAGGCCCAAAACUCACUCCAUACCUGUCUUUGAAAUUAUAAAAUAUCAGUUUCAAGAUGGAGUUGACGGGAGAAGAGAGAGACUGCGAUUGCUAUUAUCCACGGCUGAUCUCUUUUGUCCGGUGCUUUGUGAGUAAUGCUCUCCUGGACGCUGUCGCUCUCACCAGGCAGGCUCCCAGACUACUCGUAUUCUACUUUGACACAUUCUUUCUUUAAGGCUUAAACAGUUUUAGAUGCUUAACAAAAAAGUUUUCUCACCGAGAGACGCCUGUUGACUCCUACGUUUGCACAGGGUGUAUUUUCUAAAUGUAGAAUAAUUUCCUUUGCCCAUAUCGAAGAUUGUUCUUAUGUUAGAUACACCAUUAUGUUUUGCCAUUGAUGAAUUGCUAUUAUCUUCAUAAGUAUUUAAUAUAACAUUUAAUAAAGUGACCAAAACAGUG